AUUGACAUCAAUUUGUCAGACUUUUUGUUUUUGCAGUCAUCCUGUUUUCCAAAAACAGAAUAUGGAACUAGGAAUCUGGCUGAGAUUUCUCUUCUUUUAAUAUUUUAGAGUACUGGUGUUAAUAUCUUUUUAGUCCUAGCAUAUAUGUGCACGUAUAUAUGCAUUCUGCAUGUACAAGAUAGAUUGAUCUUUAAGAACAUGCCUAAUAUACCUUAAAUGAGAAUCUUCAGUUUCUGUUCUCCAUUAAUACUGGUCAACAGCUAGGGCUUCUUAGUUAAAAGCAAAAUAUUCUUAAUUAUUUUCUGAUAUGUAGUGCUGCCUCCUGAGUUUCCAGCACAGUAAAAAUAUUUUACUUCUACAUAUUAAAUAUUGCUAUAUAUAAACAUACAGUAUAUUUCCUACCUUCGUUUCUCAAACAAUCCUUGGAGGCCUCAGUUGUUUAAGUGCAUUUAGAUGCACUCUGUUGACUUCAGCAUGAAAUCAGGGGAUUGUUUUCAGGAAUUCAGUUAUAAAGACAGGAUUGCAGGUGGUGUCUGGGUUUCUCUAAGUAUAUUGGUAAAACUUAUCUACAAGCUUAAUGCAAGAGCAUGUCAUGACUAAAGUUACUGGAAAAUAACCGUUAAUUUCUGAUUAAAGAGGGAUGCUUUUUUUUUCCCCCCCCAAGUUAGAAAAUGCUUUAGAAAGCUACUACAAUAGUAAAAAAAAAACAUAGACUGUUGAAGUUAUAGAGACAAAAGGCUCUAAAAAUAUAGUUUUCAAGUGAGGGUUCAUGCUGAAAGAUGAUGGGAAGGAAAAAAAAUCAUAAAAUUAAGUCUUAUCUGUGCUGUAGUUGGUGUACAGUUUACAACAUUAGGCAGUAAAGCCAACAAAAAUCCUGUUUUGCAGCAUUUCCCAGCUGUAAGGAAUUCUGACAUGCUAUAAAGUUUACUUCUGGUUCUAGAAAAUGUAACAGUGUUAUGUUUGCUCAUAAGUUAAUUGUGAUGUAGUUGCAAGGGGUAGAAAUACUUCCCUCCUCUGUGAAGCAAAGGACUAAAUGCUUGCUGAAAUGUAAAGGAGAGACAAAGCCAUUUAUGUAUGUUUGUUGUAUAUCAUCUGUAUGAAGUACUCCUGUGUGCUAGGAAAUCUGGAGUUGGAGCCAAAUAGCAUUUGGUCUGUAUGAGUUAGCAUCCCUGCAGGGACAAGCAAAAUCAAAAGCAUUCUUAUUCCAGAAUCAAAACCAUCCUUACUCCAAAGGUAUAAACUACAAAGGUAAGGAGGGCAAAAACUCCCUCAGAAAAUAGAGGGAGUGAGUAAAAGGAAUUGAAUUGAGUGAAACUUUUAAAGUCUCUUAUAAUUGAAAGAAUCAGAAUUGAACACAAAGCCAAAUUAUUUCCAUUUUGUAGGUUGCUGCAUUAAGGCUGCCAAGAUCUGAGCACCUGAAAGCCUGCCUGUUUUUCAACAGUAUCAUCAAAUGUCUAGAGAUAUUUCCUCUCUCCAUGUGAGAUACAUUAUGUUCUACCAUUGCCUGUGUGCCAGCUUUGUCUGACCUCCUGUGGAUACAACAGCAAGCAAAUGUUCUGAACAAAAACAAAAGGAAAACAAUGGCCUGUCUUACAAUGGCAAAUAUAGAAGGCACAGCAACUGCCACUGUCCACCAGAAUGGCGACAUCCUUGGGAAUACUAGUGCACCCAAGCAGACAGAGCCAUUGCUUCAAGUGUACCUUUAUUAUUCACCUGGGAAGACGGGAGGAGAUUAUCUUCAAUUUCCAGCUGGAGAAUACAUUGCAGAAGAGAUUUGCACUGUUGCCUGCAAAGCAUGUGGUAUCAUGCCGGUCUAUCAUAAUAUGUUUGCACUCAUGAGUGAAACAGAUAGAGUUUGGUAUCCUCCAAAUCACAUUUUCCACGUAGAUGAAGCAACCAGACUAAUGCUACUGUACCGGAUAAGGUUUUAUUUUCCCCACUGGUAUUGCAAUGGCACAAGCAGAGCAUAUCGCUAUGGCAUUAUUCGGGGUUCAGAAAGCCCUGUUCUUGAUGAUCUUGUCAUGUCUUACCUAUUUGCACAGUGGCGAGAUGAUUUUUUGGGUGGAUGGAUACAAAUGCCUGUUACUCAUGAAACGCAGGAAGAAUGCCUUGGAAUGGCUGUUCUGGAUAUGAUGAGGGUGGCCAAGGAAAAGGACCAAACCCCACUGGCUGUUUACAACUCAGUCAGUACAUGGAUUUUUUUUCCAGUUCAGAUCAGGGCCAGCUUCAAAGUUGAGAUCAAGUUGCACAGGGCCUUGGCAGUAAAGUUCUGAAAAUGUCCAGGGAUGAGGAUUCCACCAUACCUUUGGGAAGUUUUGACAUAUUAUCAUCCUCACUGGGGAGAAUUUUCUCCUCAUUUGAUCGAUCUCUCCUCUGUGAUACCACAUGCACAAUACCUCUUGUCCUAUUACUGUGCAUGUCUGUGAAAAUCCUGCAUCAGUUUUCUCCAUAACUAGUUAGUUGAAGACAAUUGCUAGAACACCUUACUGGACCUUUUCUCCACACUGUACAAAAUUCCAUAAGCCUUUUCAUUCAUAUCGUGUGUUCCAGGCUCUUAACUAUCUCUGACAAGUCUCCACUAAAUUUGUUUAUCAGUACACUCCAAUUUGUUGAAGUAAUCAGUUUCUGCUUCAGCUGAGUGAAUUCUGCCUCUGCUUGGUACUUCAUUCUUGACGUUUGUCUUUUAAUGAAGGCUAGCAGAAAGAGUUAAAUAGAAUGAGAUAACAGAUUGACCAGCUGAUUGGAGGUGUCAAACUACUUUUUUGUCUUUUGAUCCAAUCUGGACAGUGAUAUGAAAUACUUAUAUGAGAAUCAGCAGCAGUGUUACUUGUGUUUUACCACCUAUUGUAUUUUCCAUAAUGAACUGUAAAUUCUGUUUGUUGAGCAUCUUCUUUCCACUCUAAACAAAGCAACUCUGUAAUUUGUGAUUUUUUUCUUUUUUCUUUUUUUUUUGCUGUCUUGCCUCAGGCUUAAAUAAUAUCUUAAACUGGUGUCUGGAUAUAUGGAAAAUGCGUAAUGUAGUAUAUGUUCAAAUUAAGUUGAGGACAAAAAAAAGAAGAGAUAAGGCUGUAUUUGAAAGAUUGUAUUACAGGCUGAAAGAAAAAUCCUUGUUAUCCUAGAGCUUAAAAAAGUUACAUUUAGUGGAAAAUGUUUUUUCACAUUGUCUUGUUCAGCACAGAGGUAGAUAUCUUUGUUAGAUUUAAUGGAUUAAAUCAUUAGUUGUGGUU